ACACUAGGAGUGGAUGCUAUCACAAGAAAAGUGGGCAUUGCGACCAAACCCACAGUGGUGAUCAGCAAGGAUGGGGACAAAGUGGUGGUGGAGACUCUGAGCACCUUCCGCAACACCAAACUCAGUGCCAAACUGGGAGAGGAGUUUGAUGAAACGACGCCGGACGACCGAAAAGUCAAAUCCACCUUCACCGUGGAAAACGGCAAAUUUGUGCAAGUGCAAAAAUGGGACGGCAAAGAGACCACGUUUGUCCGAGAGAUCAAGGAUGGGAAGAUGGUGAUGGUGAGAUGACGUCAUAAAUACUGCCUUGCCUUGACUUGUGAGUUUCAUUUAUUCUGUGACCACACCACGCUCUUAACUCAAAAUGGUUGUCUCUCAAAUCAUCUUCCCC